CACACACUAAAGUGAACGCCUCUCCUAUGGCUGCUGCGGCCACUCCUCCUGGAACAACAGCACUCUGUUCUCCAACGCCGUUAAAUGACACCAGAACGACUGAAAAGUGAUGUAGAACGAGUUUAAAGGACUCCAGCUGGUCUGCGUCUGUCCGCUGCGGCGUCCACACACACACUCCGAGGCGCUGGGACUGAGAAAUCUGCAGGAAUAAAACGCGCCUCCUUCAAGCAGCUGUGUAUUGAUGCACGCUAACGAAUCGCCUAACUUCAUAAAUGGAUUAUUCGAGCCCUCAGACCAUUUGAAUCAAUGUGUUUUUUCUUGAAACAGUAAACUGUCCUUGGAACAAAAGCUAAAAUCAUCGCCGCAUCUUAAAAGCCAUUACUUUUGUACUUACGCUCUCCAGGACACACGAUCCUCGCGCACUUUUGACUAAAGCGUGAGUGAUGUUUCAAGCUACUUUCGCAUAAUACUGACCCGUGCAUGCAUAUAUUUAAGCAUUUAGCAGUAUAAAGGCACUGAGUUGUUAAAUAAAGCAACUAAAGUCUUUGUCCCGGAGCUCUUGGAGAGAUGGAGGGACAGGAUGGCAAAGGGAAUAAUGACAGUAAUCAAAAGGCAGACAAAAGGUUUGCUCUCUGGUACAUGGGCUGGUCGUCUCUGGACAGGCGGACCACGCUGCCCAUGCUGCCCUGGCUGCUGGCGGAGAUCCGGAGGAAAAGUGAGAAGAACGAGUCCGGUCCCGCACAGGCCAGAGAAGUUCAGCUGUAUCUCUCGCCUCCUCUGAUCCGCUGUGUGCCAGCUAACAGCAGCAACCCCUCCGUCUUCAUAUUCGAGCACAAAGCGCAGUUUAUCUCCAGAUUUAUCCACAAUAGCAAUGACUUGUCUUAUUUUGCCUACCUUAUCAGAAGUCAACCCGAUAACCCCGAGUCUGAGAUGGCAUGCCAUGUGUUCAAGGCAUGUGAUCCAAACCAGGUGCCUGAGGUUAUUAGCAGCAUUAGACAGGUGUCCAAGGCUGCUCUUAAGGAGGAAAGCAAGCCCAAGCAAGAGAGUGACGAGUCUUUCUACAACUCCCAGAAAUUCGAAGUGCUUUACUGUGGAAAAGUGACAGUCAACCACAAGAAAGCCCCUUCCACUCUGAUUGAUGACUGCAUUGACAAAUUCCGCCAACACGAGAUUGAACGUAAGCGUCUGCGGCUCCUCAAUGGCCAGCGGAGCUCUACCGAGGCCCCCGUGGACUUCAUUGUGGGUGACAACCCUCUAAGUUCCUCUCUUUGUAAAGUUGAUGAACCUGAGCCCAAUCUAAAUGAGGAAGAACUGUCUGAGGUAGGCAAUGGGAUUCUGGAUAUGACUAGCUCAUCCAGUACGGGCAGCCUACUGGGGUCCUUUGACUGUAUCUUGGAGGACUCAGGUUUUGGAGAGCAGCAGGAGAUUCGUACACGCUGUAAUAGCCUGGCGGGCGGCCUACAAAAAAGGACCAGAGAGUUGGGCAAGGGGUCGACACGUAGGAGACACGCUAGCGCGCCCAAUAACGUGCAGCCAUCUGAUGCUGACAAGAAUCGUACAAUGCUAUUCCAGGUUGGACGGUUUGAAGUGAAUCUCAUCAGCCCUGACACUAAAUCUGUGGUUCUGGAGAAGAAUUUCAAGGACAUCUCGUCCUGUUCACAGGGUGUCAAACAGACAGAUCACUUUGGCUUUAUUUGUCGGGAUGUGGUGGAGUCUGGCCCAGCCCAGUAUGUGUGUUACGUGUUCCAGUGCGCUAGUGAGUCUCUGGUGGAUGAAGUAAUGCUCACCCUGAAACAAGCCUUUACCACAGCAGCAGCUCUGCAGAGCUCCAAGAACCAAAUCAAACUGUGCGAAGCUUGUCCAAUGCAUGACUUGCACAAGCUCUGUGAGAGAAUAGAAGGUACAGCCGCCAGCUUCCAUCAGCUCACUCAAUGUCCUUGUCCCACACUUAGCACAAUAUUCUCUCUCAAUGUCCCAGGUUUGUAUCCUCCCAGGGCGAAACUAGCCAUUCAGAAGUACCUGUCCCAACUGACCGACAACGAGCAGGUCAAUAUAUUCGAGCGGGUGCAGAAAAUGAAGCCAGCGUCUGAUCAUGAAGAAAACGAGCUCGUGAUUCUUCACCUCCGACAGCUGUGCGAGACCAAGCAGAAGUCUCAUGUUCAUAUUGGAGAGGUCCCACAGAAUGCUUCUGGCAGCACCGUGACCUCUGAUAACUCCAUUGUGGGCCGUAAUAAACUGGACGUGUUGAAGAACAAAGCCCGGAGUUCUCUGACAAGCUCCCUGGAGAACAUCCUCUCAAGGGGGGCCAGCCGUAUGCGAAUGCGUCUUGGCAGCAUGGGAAGUUUUGACCGCCAGGGCGACUCACCUGGUGACUCCCCACCUGGAACUCCACCCAGUUACAUUGAGGAGGACCCAGAUGCCCCGCAGUUCCGUCGACGGGCGCACACCUUCAGCCACCUUCCCAUCAAGAAGAAAAUCUCCUUCACUGAGGUUUCCUCCCAGGCCUGUAAAGCUCCGCUGCGCCGACAGCAGUCUUUGGCCCCUGAGCUGCUGCAGAACAGCACCGUUGGUUACACGAGAGUGCGCAGUGUCUCUGAGAGCGAGUCCUACUUCAGUCUCUCAUCCUCCUUCCACACCCCCACUUUCCUGAAAACCUUUUACCAGAGCUCCCUCCUGUCGGACAGCGGGAGUCUUAAGAGUGGUAAUGGAGAGGGCAGGAAGAGGUCUCUGUCAGGCUGUAGCACCGAUUCUUUGACCUUGGUGCCUCCACGCAGAGUUUCUUGGCGCCAGAAGAUCUUCCUAAGGGUGGCGUCACCCAUGAACAAACCCUGUGCCUCUAUGCAACACGUGGACCACAUGGAUGGCUGGGAGCUGCUGCCACUUUCUCCUCGGGCUUUGAACCAGGAUCAAGAUCCUCAGGUCAGCCCCCUGUCCCUAGAGCAGGGCCGGCGCAGUCCAGCUGACUACAGGGCCCUGUGGAAGAAAGCCAUCCACCAACAGAUAUUGCUCAUCCGCAUGGAGAAAGAGAACCAGCGCCUGGAGGAAGCCAGCCGUGAUGAAUUGCACAUUCGUAAAAUGAAGCUGGACUACCAGGAAGUGUGUCCAUGCUCAAAAGAGGUGCAGGCCCUUUGGGACAGGAAGUUGAGUAGUCCCUGCCGCACUAAAGUACAGUGGGACAAAGAAGAGAUCCACAGUGCUGUAUGCCAAGGUGUCCCCAAAAGUCGGCGAGGUGAAGUGUGGCUCCUGCUCUCUCAGCAGUAUCGUUUGCAUCACCGUCUCCCGCAGCGGCAGCAUCCCCCUGAAACCCCUUAUCAGGAUCUCCUCAAACAGCUCACAGCACAGCAACACUCCAUCCUGGUCGACCUCGGCCGGACAUUCCCAACACACCAGUAUUUCAGCGCUCAGCUGGGAGCUGGACAGCUAUCUCUGUACAAUCUCCUGAAGGCCUACUCCCUGCUGGACACGGAGGUGGGCUACUGCCAGGGGAUCAGUUUUGUGGCCGGCUUGCUGCUUUUGCACAUGAGCGAGGAACAGGCAUUCGACACACUCAAGUUCCUCAUGUACGACCUGAGCAUUCGCCGACAGUACCGUCCCGACAUGAUCUCUCUGCAGAUCCAGAUGUACCAGCUGUCCCGACUGUUGCACGACUAUCACCGUAACCUGUACACUCACCUGGAGGAGCACGAGAUCUGUCCCAGCCUGUACGCCGCACCCUGGUUUCUCACUCUCUUCGCCUCUCAGUUCCCGCUCGGCUUUGUUGCCCGUAUAUUUGACCUCCUGUUUGUCCAAGGCACGGAGGUGAUUUUUAAGGUGGCCCUGUGUUUGCUGAGCAGCCACGAGGGAGAGAUACUGGAGUGUGACUGCUUUGAAAGUAUUGUGGACUACCUUAAAUCCACCAUCCCCACCCUCACUCAUAGCCAAAUGGAAGAGAUGAUCACUAAGGCAAUCGAGAUGGACAUCUCCAGGCAGCUGCAUGCGUAUGAAGUGGAGUACCACGUCCUGCAGGAUGAGCUGGCAGAUGCUCCUCCACCUUUAGAGGACUCCGAUAGGCUAGAUAAACUGGAGAAAGCUAAUGCCCAGCUCAAGAAACAGAACAUGGACUUACUAGAGAAACUGCAGUCGGCUCGUUUGAAGAUUCAGACGUUGGAGAGCAGCGUAGAGAGCUUCCUUUCACGCGAGAGCAAGAUGAAGCACCUGAUCCGUUCUCUGGAACAAGAGAAAGCUUCCUACCAAAAGACCAUUGAGCGCAUGCGUAGCAGUUUGCCAUCGGAUGCCAUGACUGAUGUGGAGAUGACCCAACUCAAGUCCAGCACCAACGGGAAAGCCAAAGAAACUGCCUGCAAAAAGCCUUGAAUCCCCAUCCUACUGACUGAUGCAUCAUAUAGGUACAUCAGUAAGGAGGUAGCCUGCUUCUUCAUCUUUUGUGUUCCCAUCAUGCUAAUUGAGAGACA